AUGUUUAUCAGCGUAUCAGACUGGCCGCAAACAAUGUUGUAUAUUAUAUUGACCCUGAUACCCGUUGUUCAUUCCGGUUGUUACCAAAAACAGUUAUGCUGCCUCGGGUAUAACUUUACUUGUAUCGCAGUGGAAGACGGAGUUGGUCAUCUACCUGCAAAGUUUCGUCAGCAAAGGUUGAAGAAAAUAGGAAAAGGCAGAUUACAUGUUGCUGUUUACAAUAGAAAAAUGAAACGAACAGGUAAAUUGGUGUUACGGGAUCUGAUUCCUUUGAAUGAUGCGGCACUUGAAACGUUCAGUAAUCACGACUAUGGUCUAUUCGGUGAUUAUUUGAACAACGAAGGGAAACAAUCUGAAGCGGUAAAACUCCCUAAUAGUACUGCGGUAUCACCAUUUGUUCACUAUCAGCUCAUUUUCGGUCAACCAUUUUACUCCGGAGAACAGCAGCCAGAAACAACACGUUAUUACCAACGCCAUAAACUUAUUCGGUACUCAUUAUUGAAUCGACACAUUCCACUAACAGUGAAAGAUUCUCGAGGUAUCGGAUGGUCAAAUGAUGUGACAAAGCUGGCAGUUAUGGGAAAUACAGCCUAUGAUAAUUCAUGCUACUGUGACGAAAAAUGUGUAACAUUCGAUGAUUGCUGCUCCGAUUACUCAUUCGUGUGUCCACCAUCUGAUUGUACUGUUAGUGAAUGGUCUGCUUGGUCUCAAUGUAUUCCGGAUCAGGGAAGUUGUAAAACUGGCAUACAGACCCGGAAACGUACCAUUGACAGGAAAUCGGAGCAUGGUGGAAUGGAAUGUCCAUCUUUGGUCGAAAAAAUGAGCUGCUUCAAAGAAUGCCCACAGCUGAGGAGGCGACACCAAUCAGAAAUUACUCCUGUAGCACUUAUCCUGGAUUAUUCAUACAACAAAACACGAGAAAGGUUCAGUCGUGGCAACAUUUACAACGAAGUGAUUGAUAGCAGGAACAAGUUGCUUUACUAUUGUGGAAUUUAUGAAUUGGGUUGGGUGAAUUCAAACUGCAUUGAUAAGAAGAUCGGUAUCAAGCUUUAUACCGGCAAUAACAUCUGUGUAGAAUGCCAGCCAGAAGCGCAACUGUAUGGUAAUACUAACAAAUGCACAUCUGAUUUGAAUGACGGGGAAACUGGAUUCUGGAAAUUGGUCGGACCAAAGUCAUGCAAUGGUAUCUGGAAAAAGUUACUCAGAGCCGAUAAUUGCCGAUGUGAAAUAAAUUUUCCGAAGCAUGAUGCAUUUUUGUUUGUUUAA